CGUGCUGCUCACGACCGCCGCGAGCCACCCCAGGCCGCCGGGCCGCCUGCCUUCGCGCCGGGCCGCCUGCCCCCGCCUUCCGCCUCCCUCCAUUUCCCGGAGCCGCUACCCGGAGCACCCGGACCCCAGCCCUUCUCAGGGGAAGCUCCCGGCCGCCUUCUGGCUUCACUUCUUCCUCGUAGCCUGGGCCCCCUCUCUCCUUUCCCGACCAGGGUCUCACCCACUUGGGUCUCCUCCUUUAGGUCAGGCUCCUACCCCUUGCCUUAGCGCGGAGUCCCAGCUCGUCCUCACUUUGCUCAGCCAGAGGUCCAGCCUUCUUGCUGCUUUUUCCUUGGCGGAGGUCCAGCCUGUGCUACCCCUUCCUCUGUCCCUAGAGUGCAAUCGGCUCCCGUAUCCCCUCUCCCAGGCCUGGAGUUUCCCCAGGUCCUUCCCGGGCCCUCGUGUCUCUUCUCCGGUGUGGAGUUCCGGACUGCGCGUCCGGCCUCCCUCUGUCGCUGGAGGACUGCUUCCCGGAAAAUCUCUCUGAAACAUGCACUUUUCCUAGACUGCGGCUCCAGUCUCUUCCCAGCUGCCCGCCCGCCGCUGCCUCUGUCCCGUGUGCUCUCGGGUCGCCCAAGGUCCAGGCCUCCAGGCUGGGGGAGCAGCGCCAUGCUCCUGGGCGCCGGCGGCUGUGGCCUCUUUCCUCCUCGGAGCUUGCCUUCGUUGCUGGUGGUGGUGGCCCUGGUGGGGCUGCUGCCUGUGCUGCGGAGCCACGGCCUUCAGCCUAGCCCUACUGCCAGCACCAUCCGAGGCUCAGAGCCUCCCCGAGGACGCUCCAUCGGGGAUGUCACCACUGCCCCCCCAGAGGUCACCCCAGAGAGCCACCCUGUUAACCAUUCUGUCCCUGAUCAUGGAAUGAAGCAUCGAAAAGCCUUUCCAGUCCUGGGCAUCGACUACACACAUGUACGCAGGCCCUUUGAGAUUUCCCUCUGGAUUCUGCUGGCCUGCCUCAUGAAGAUAGGGUUCCAUGUGAUCCCCACCAUCUCGAGCAUCGUCCCGGAGAGCUGCCUGCUCAUCGUGGUGGGGCUGCUGGUGGGCGGCCUGAUCAAGGGCGUGGGCGAGACGCCCCCCUUCCUGCAGUCAGACGUCUUCUUCCUCUUCCUGCUGCCGCCCAUCAUCCUGGACGCCGGCUACUUCCUGCCGCUGCGGCAGUUCACGGAGAACCUGGGCACCAUCCUGAUCUUCGCCGUGGUGGGCACGCUGUGGAACGCCUUCUUCCUGGGCGGCCUCAUGUACGCUGUGUGCCUGGUGGGCGGCGAGCAGAUCAACAACAUCGGCCUCCUCGACAGCCUGCUCUUCGGCAGCAUCAUCUCCGCCGUGGACCCCGUGGCUGUCUUGGCCGUCUUCGAGGAGAUCCACAUCAAUGAGCUCCUGCACAUCCUCGUCUUCGGGGAGUCCCUGCUCAACGACGCUGUCACCGUGGUCCUGUACCACCUCUUUGAGGAGUUUGCCAACUACGACCACGUGGGCAUUGUGGACAUCGUCCUCGGCUUCCUGAGCUUCUUCGUGGUGGCCCUGGGCGGGGUGUUUGUGGGCGUGGUCUACGGGGUCAUCGCGGCCUUCACCUCCCGCUUCACCGCGCACAUCCGCGUCAUCGAGCCGCUGUUCGUCUUCCUCUACAGCUACAUGGCCUACCUGUCGGCCGAGCUCUUCCACCUGUCGGGCAUCAUGGCGCUCAUUGCCUCAGGCGUGGUGAUGCGUCCCUACGUGGAGGCCAACAUCUCCCACAAGUCCCACACCACCAUCAAGUACUUCCUGAAGAUGUGGAGCAGCGUCAGCGAGACCCUCAUCUUCAUCUUUCUGGGCGUCUCCACCGUGGCCGGCUCCCACCACUGGAACUGGACCUUUGUCAUCAGCACUCUGCUCUUCUGCCUCAUCGCUCGUGUGCUAGGUGUGCUGGGCCUGACCUGGUUCAUCAACAAGUUCCGCAUCGUGAAGCUGACCCCCAAGGACCAGUUCAUCAUCGCCUAUGGCGGCCUCCGAGGCGCCAUCGCCUUCUCUCUGGGCUACCUGCUGGACAAGCACCACUUCCCCAUGUGUGACCUGUUCCUCACCGCCAUCAUCACCGUCAUCUUCUUCACUGUCUUUGUGCAGGGCAUGACCAUCCGGCCCCUGGUGGACCUGUUGGCGGUGAAGAAGAAGCAGGAGACCAAGCGCUCCAUCAACGAGGAGAUCCACACGCAGUUCCUGGACCACCUUCUGACAGGCAUCGAGGACAUCUGUGGCCACUACUGCCACCACCACUGGAAGGACAAGCUCAACCGGUUCAACAAGAAGUAUGUGAAGAAGUGCCUGAUUGCGGGGGAGCGCUCCAAGGAGCCCCAACUCAUCGCCUUCUACCACAAGAUGGAGAGGAAGCAGGCCAUCGAGCUGGUGGAGAGUGGGGGCGUGGGGAAGAUCCCCUCUGCAGUCUCCACUGUGUCCAUGCAGAACAUCCACCCCAAGACCCUCCCUCCUGAGCGUGUCCUGCCAGCCCUGUCCAAGGACAAGGAGGAGGAGAUCCGUAAAAUCCUGAGGAACAACUUGCAGAAGACUAGGCAGCGGCUGCGGUCCUACAACAGACACACGCUGGUGGCCGACCCCUACGAGGAGGCCUGGAACCAGAUGCUGCUCCGGAGACAGAAGGCCCGGCAACUAGAGCAGAAGAUCAACAACUACCUGACGGUGCCGGCCCACAAGCUAGACUCGCCAACCAUGUCUCGGGCCCGCAUCGGAUCAGACCCACUGGCAUACGAGCCGAAGGCCGACCUGCCCGUCAUCACCAUCGACCCGGCCUCCCCGCAGUCGCCCGAGUCCGUGGACCUGGUGAAUGAGGAGCUGAAAGGCAGGGUCUUGGGGCUGAGCCGGGACCCAGCAGGCAUGGCCGAGGAAGACGGGGACGAGGACGGGGGCAUCGUGAUGCGCAGCAAAGAGCCCUCGUCCCCAGGCACCGAUGACGUCUUCACCCCUGGGCCGAGCGACAGCCCCAGCUCCCAGAGGAUACAGCGCUGCCUCAGCGACCCAGGCCCCCACCCUGAGCCCGGGGAGGGGGAGCCUUUCAUCCCCAAGGGGCCUUAGCACCAGAUGUAGGCACAGACACUCCCACCGAGCAGGGGCUGCUGGGGACUCCCCUGCCCUU